AUGGUUCACACACUUUUUGAACACCCACCAAAGGAUGAGAAAGAACUAAAAAGGUUGAGCUCUUUAGAGCAUCGUGUGGUAGAAGUAGAGAAUCAGUUGUUGAGGGCCUCGUCGGCUGCUUUAGAAAAACGAGUCGCAGAACUAGAGGCUUCCUUAUUGGAAUCAAACGAAGAAUGUGUUAAAUUGAGACAAACUAUAGCACAUAUGAAAGUUUCUGAAAAGAACGUUAUUCCUUCAAAAGUGGAGGAUGGUAUAGAGAAAAAGGAGUGUUUGAACUCAAAAGACGAUAAUGAUAGUUUAGAGAUGUCGGAUGGAAUAUCGAUUAAUAACAAAGAAGAAGAAAUCAUAUAUGAGCGUAUCUUAAAGCUUAUCGAGAAUAUGAAAUCCGAUUGUCAAAAAGCAAUAAAUAUAAAGAUUCCAGCAUCUUCUCAUUUACCUAAAGCCCCCACAAGACAGGGUUCAAGGCUUAGUUUUUCAUCAAAAUCACCAAGUCCAACUGAUGGGCUCACAUCUCCUUCCAAGAUGAUUGGAAGGUCUAGGACCCCAAGUUUAGUUGGAAUGUCACCAACUUCUAUUUUUUCCGUCAUCCCAAGUUAUAAAUCAGGAAUUCCAUCCGGUGCGAUUUCACCACCAAAUCCUGGUUCUAAUAGUCAGAUACCUGCUUCAAGAAUGCUCGUUCCUACGAGAAGUCCUAGCUUGAUAUCACAAAGCAAAACUUCCCAAUUACCUUCUAGACCUAAUACUGCUUCCGGAAAUUAUUCCUCACCAAAUUCAAUCAAUAGUCCUGUAACACCGUUAAAUAGUAGAUUGCAAUCAAGGCCAAGAACCCCAUCUUGGCCACAAAAAUGUUCCCGACCGACUACACCUCCAUCACACAUUCCGUCAGGGUUUCAUUCUAAUAUUUCAACCGGCAUUCCUUCCGGUCAUCCUCAAAAGACGGCAAUUCCAUUGCACAUCCCCAUAAUGCGAAAUUGUCGUCAGGCUACAAUUUCUAAUUGA